AUGGAGACUGGCGACAGUCUUACAGAAUGGGCUGUUUCCAAUGGGAUCAAGGUCAAUGGCGUGGCAGCGCACAAAUUCCCUGGCAAGGGACUGGGCAUCGUGGCCAAAAGGAGGCUUGAGGCUGGAGAGAUGAUCUUGGACAUCCCCAUGUCUGUAAUUCGAACGGGAGAGACGGUGUCGCCUGCGAUGGUGAAUGCGCUCCAAGGAUGCAGCGCCAACGGCCGCCUUGCCGCGGACUUGGCCAUGGACACAUCCGAACUUCACGCCCUCUGGAGAUCGACGUUGCCAUCAAUCGAGGACUUGAACGAGUCGAUGCCGCUCUUCUGGUCACCGGAGCUCCAAGACCUCCUACCACCCCAGGCGCUGGCACUUCUGAGAAAGCAGCAGGGGAAAAUCUCGCGGGACUGGGAUGUCGUUUCUGCUGCCUUUCCGCAGCUGCCCUACGAUGUCUAUCGCUACUAUUGGCUUCUCGUAAGCACACGGACAUUCUACUAUACACCACCGGACAUGAAACCCGAAGAUACGCCCGAAGCGGACGAGUGUCUGGCACUGGUUCCCUUUGGUGACUACUUCAACCACUCCGACGCCGGGUGCAAGGUCGCUUAUUCGGCCACGGGAUACGAAUUCAGAGUGGAACAGGCCGUCGAACAGGGCGAGGAGCUGUACAUCUCCUACGGCAGCCACCCGAACGACUUCUUGUUGGUGGAGUAUGGCUUCAUGCUCCAGGCCAAUAAAUGGGACGAGGUCUCUCUGGACACGGUCAUUUUGCCACUGUUCUCCGAGAAGCAGAAAACAAGGCUGGAAGAGGCGGGAUACCUGGGCAACUACGUACUGGAUCCAUCGUCGAUGCAGGACGACGAGGUGGCCUGCUACCGCACACGACUGGCACUGAGAUUGCUCUGUAUGCCUUUGAAAAAGUGGAAGGAAUGUGUCACGUAUGGUGCGGAUGAAGACGACGAGCAUCAGAGUUCGGUCCAUGAACUGCUCCAGCAAGCGUUGAAGUCAUAUCUAGAGUCCGUGGACAGCAGCCUCGAGCAGAUCGCUCGGCUCAAAGUAGGGCUUCCUUCGCAAAGAGAUGUGUUGAGGCGACGCUGGGAAGAGAUAGGCAUGUACCUGACGACCGCCAUCGAUAGAAUAGAGCAAUGA